AAAGCAUCAUCAGAAUAAUCCAUCUGCCAUCUGCCAAACAAAGCUUUUACGGGUUUGGAACGACAUGGGGGUAAGUGAUUAAUUUUAAUUUUGCGGUGGAGUAACCCUUUAAUGCAUCCUACAUUAUAAAUCACACUUCAUCUUAAAAUGAAUUAAAUUCUUUAUGGUAUAGAAGUAGGAUCAAAUGCGAUCGUACCUGUGUUUUAUAAAUGAGGCCCCAAGAACCAACUGCAUCCGAAUGUUUUGUAGUUAGGUCAAAUUUCCUGAACAUCAUCAAGUCUGACUAGCUACUUCAUCGAUGCUUGCAGUUAGGAGCAGUUUCUAAUUUCUUGGAAUAAAUAAUCUUAAAAAUGACUAAUAGGAAAAGCAUUCACUAUUGAUCUGCAUAGGCCAUGUGUGCUCUACUUGCUAUAUAUUCUUCUACUUCUACUGAGAGCUUGCAAAAGAAAGUAAAGAAAUGCCGAAUGCUGGCUUCAUCUCCAGGCACUUAACCUGUUACUUCACCAUACAGUUCGUGGAAGCUCCCAAAUUGCAUGAAAACCGGCACCAUGUUAAUGGAAAAGGGGUAUAAGAGGUGAUGGGUUUGUGUAGAUUCUUGCCUAGAAAAGAUAAUUUUAUUGUUUAAUUUUAAGGUAAGUAUGAGUUCAAACUCCAGUGCCGCACACCUUUAUUUCUGUCCAGUAAAGGACUCAGAACUUUGACGAAAGCAGACAUCUUGUUUUUGAUUUGGACAUGAUAACAUUUGUUUAAAAUAUUUAAUGAUCUGCAUAAGCGUAAUUAGAGCCCUUGUUUCAAGAAUAUAUUAACUAAGUUGUAUGAAUAUUUGCUUCAUCAAAGAUCUUUAUGUACCAGUUCUCUUGUCAUCUUGGAUGGAUCUCUGACCUCUCCUGCUGACCCCACUCUCCCCAAUUCACUUGUUGUCAUGAAUUGCUUAAUUUGUAAUGUUGAUAUUUCAUGUAGUCUGUAGACCUGGAUGCUAAACAGUCUUAGAGUUUCUUUUACAAAGAUGCACAUUUUGUAUUUCAGACCAUUGUCCUCAUGAACAUAUACCGUAACACUCAAAACUCUGCCCAGUCUGCUGAUGGUUUACACUGUGCUGUUAGUGAUGUGGAAAUGCAGGAACAUUAUGACGAGUUUUUUGAGGAAGUCUUUACAGAAAUGGAGGAGAAGUAUGGAGAGGUUGAGGAGAUGAAUGUGUGCGAUAACCUCGGUGAUCAUUUGGUUGGAAAUGUUUAUGUGAAGUUUCGGAGGGAGGAGGAUGCUGAGAAGGCUGUAUUGGACUUAAAUAAUCGCUGGUUUAAUGGCCAACCAAUGCAUGCAGAGCUCUCACCAGUUACAGACUUCAGAGAAGCCUGCUGUAGGCAGUAUGAAAUGGGGGAGUGCACUAGAGGCGGUUUCUGUAAUUUCAUGCACUUGAAACCCAUUUCUCGAGAGCUGAGGAGAGAGCUUUAUGGACGUCGUAGAAAAAGACAUCGUUCUCAGUCAAGAUCUCGUGAAAGACGCUCUCGCUCUCGUAACCGCAGCCGUGGAGGUCGUGAACGUGAGCGGAGAAGAUCAAGAGAUUGUGAACGGUCUGGCAGAUUUUGAGCCAUGACACGUUUUGUUUUGUUGCUUAGUGUCAUCAACCAAUGACCAGCAUUUGUGUGAGACAUCAGAUGCCAUUGUUACUUGCUUGAAACCCUUUAGUUUGUCACUUUGUUUAUUUAUUUAUUUUUUUGAGUGUACAUUUAAAAGAUUUUUUUUCUCAAUAAAAGUGCAUAUUUAUAAAUU